AUGGGCAACCGGGGGUCGCAGCACGUGGUGGGGAUCCACUACGCGGUGGGCCCGAAAAUAGGCGAGGGCUCGUUUGGGAUUAUCUUCGAGGGCGAAAACAUGAUGGAGGGCGGGGACGCGGGCCGGCGGCCGGUGGCGAUCAAGUUCGAGCCGCGGCGGUCGGACGCGCCACAGCUACGGGACGAGUUCCGCGCGUACCGGAUCCUUAACGGGGUGCGGGGGAUUCCGCGGGCGUACUACUUCGGGCAGGAGGGUGUGCACAACAUCCUCAUCAUCGACUUGCUCGGGCCGUCGUUGGAGGACCUCUUCGAGUGGUGCGGGCGGCGGUUCAGCGUCAAGACGACGUGCAUGUUGGCGAAGCAGAUGAUCGAGCGCGUGCGGGCGAUCCACGGGCGGGACUUGAUUUACCGCGACAUCAAGCCGGACAACUUCCUCAUCUCGGAGUUCCAGCGGGAGGUGGCGGCGGGCGAGGUGGUGCGCGGCUGCGCGGCGACGGCGGGCGGGGACGCGAACUUGAUCUAUGUGGUGGACUUCGGCAUGGCGAAGCAGUACCGUGACCCCAAGACGAAGCAGCACAUACCCUACCGGGAGCGGAAGUCGCUCAGCGGAACGGCGCGAUACAUGUCGAUCAACACGCACUUUGGCCGCGAGCAGUCGCGGCGCGACGACCUCGAGUCGCUCGGCCAUGUGUUCUUCUACUUUUUGCGCGGAUCGCUUCCAUGGCAGGGCUUGAAGGCGCCCAACAACAAGGCGAAGUACGAGAAGAUAGGCCUAACGAAGCAGAAAUUGAAGCCGGAAGAGUUGAUCUCGGAGAAUAUUCCGGUGCAGUUUGCUGAGUACUUGAAGUACUGCCGCUCGCUUCGCUUCGAUGAGGAGCCAGACUACGACUACUUGAUUUCUCUAAUGGACUCCGUCAUGCAUGAUUUAAACAUAGAAGAUAACCAGCACUAUGACUGGAUGGACUUAAACAACCACACCGGCUGGAAUAUAGCCGUUAAUAAGCGUGCGAACUUGCACGGCUAUGGCAAUCCGCACCCCCGCAACAAUAACCACACAACCAGCAACCUCCAUCAGCAGCAGGUGCAGGGUCAGGCGCAACUGAAGCAGCAACCCUCCUCACCUUCUUACCAUAUGCAAUAUCAGGAACAUUCACACAAAUACUCCAAACUCCAUAGGUCGCAUUCCCAGAGUACGCCACAUAGAAACUCCCAGUCGGGCAAGAACCGUGUGGAACUUUCUACGGGGAGCAAUGAGAUACUCACCAAUCACCCGUCAGGGAAACAAGCAGUUGCUGUGCAAUCAUACGACGCGUUCGGGAAGCGCGUCACGAGAUCUGGGCAGCAGAACCAUAUAGAACAGGACUCCCUUACCGAUGCCGGAUUUUUUAGUAGGAUCUGCUGCUGCAGGUGGUGUUAG